AUGAUAUCCAACGAUAUCCCACUCAAUCAUACAAUAGACUCUAUACCACAAAUCCUUAGAUACCUUCUUAAACCCGCAUCUAUCUUUCUCCAAAUUCUCUUAAUUCACUUUAAAUUCUACUUAACUCAUCCAAAUCUCCCGAUAUUCCAUUCAAAUCCCUCUAUACUCAUUUAUGGAGACUGGAAUUUUGUUAUCAAUACCUUUAGUCGACUAUAACACGAGUAAUAGAAAAACAGGUAGUCAAAAAUCAGAUGGGCUUCUAUUAGGGCAUGGGCUUCUAUUGGGGCAUGGGCCUUUAUUU